AUGGUUUCCGCUGGCAGCGACGCGUCCAACACAAAAGACGCCCCAAGCGAACAAGAUUGCCAACAAGAAUCCUCAAAAGCCGCCAGCAGAGCCCUCGAUCUGGAGAAACAAGCCAAAGAACUCACCCAAAAAGCCGCACAAGCAGGCGACCCGGAAGAGCGACAAAAACUGCUUAACGAAGCUUUGAGUAAAAGUGUCGAAGCCCAAUCAUACGGAAAAGUCGCAAAAUACUUGCGGUCUGGUGCGUUUCAAGGGUUGCUUGCUGGAGGAGGCGUGGGUACGGGUGUGGGAGCUGGACUGGGCGCGUUAACAGGGACGCUGGUUGGUGGUGUGUCGUCGCUGGCUCUGGGGGGUUUGCUGGGUGGGAUUGGGUCUGCGGUUGGUGCGAUACAUGGUCCUUGGGCUAAGCCUGAAGAGAUUAUCGGAAAAGGUGUGAAGACAUUGUCUGGGCUGGUUCCUGGUUGGCACACGCCGGGUGACCAGAUGAGUCAAUUUCAGAAAAUGCUUGGGCAGGUUAAUGAACAGGAGCGACCGACUGAGAAGGAGUUAGAAGACAUGAUGAGCGCUUAA